CGUAAGUCGGGCGGCCGCGUAGUAGCUGCAGCCUCCGUUGCCGCAUCCACAUUCAACAGGCAGCAGCGCCGCGGUCGCGCCGCCGAAGAGAGCGAGCGGCCCGCGGCGUCCGUCAGUUCUCCGGCCCGCGGGCCGUGUCAGCAGGAGCGCGGCGCCGGUGCUGCCUGGGCCCGGCGACCCUGGCCUGCCGUCCGGUCGGUGCAGCGGACCCGUAGGAGUCUAGAUGUUGAUGGACUCGUGAAGUUAAGUUCUGGGCUCGCGCUUCCACUUCGCCGCUCCUUCUUCCCGGUUUUCGUCCCCUCUCGGCACCGACUUCGUCCCCAAUCUCUGACCGGCUCUUCGCGCUCCCUUCCCCUUGGCCCCUAGUGCUGCGCUCUACCCUUUCUUGGUUCUCCUGCGGCUGGGGGAGGGGCGGGGGUCACCAUGGCCGAAGCGCCCCAGGUGGUGGAGAUUGACCCGGACUUCGAGCCGCUGCCGCGGCCACGUUCGUGCACCUGGCCGCUGCCCAGGCCGGAGUUUAGCCAGUCCAACUCGGCUACCUCCAGCCCGGCGCCGUCGGCCGUCGCGAACUCCGACGCCGCCGCGGGCCUGCCUUCGGCGGCCGCUGUCAACGCCGAUUUCAUGAGCAACUUGAGCCUGCUGGAGGAGAGCGGGGACUUCCAGCAGGCGCCCGGCUCGGUGGCGGCGGCCGCGGCGGCGGCCGCAGUGGCUGCCGCGGCGGCGGCCGCCGCCGCCACCGGGGGACUGUGCGGGGACUUCCAGGGCCCAGAGGCUGGCUGCCUGCACCCGGCGCCGCCGCAGCCCCCGCCUCCCGGGCCGUUGUCGCAGCACCCGCCUGUGCCUCCUGCCGCUGCGGGAUCGCUCGCUGGGCAGCCGCGCAAGAGCAGCUCGUCCCGCCGAAACGCGUGGGGCAACCUGUCCUACGCCGACCUCAUCACCAAGGCCAUCGAGAGCUCCGCCGAGAAGCGGCUCACGCUGUCUCAGAUCUACGAGUGGAUGGUCAAGAGUGUGCCCUACUUCAAGGAUAAGGGUGACAGUAACAGCUCGGCGGGCUGGAAGAAUUCAAUUCGUCAUAAUCUGUCCCUGCACAGCAAGUUCAUCCGUGUGCAGAAUGAAGGAACUGGAAAAAGUUCUUGGUGGAUGCUCAACCCAGAGGGAGGCAAGAGUGGAAAAUCCCCCAGGAGAAGAGCUGCGUCCAUGGACAACAACAGUAAAUUUUCUAAGAGCCGAGGCCGAGCCGCCAAGAAAAAAGCAUCCCUCCAGUCUGGUCCAGAGGGUGCUGGGGACAGUCCGGGGUCUCAAUUCUCUAAAUGGCCUGCCAGCCCUGGCUCUCACAGCAAUGAUGACUUUGAUAACUGGAGUACAUUUCGUCCUCGAACUAGCUCAAAUGCUAGUACUAUUAGUGGGAGACUUUCUCCCAUCAUGACUGAACAGGAUGACCUUGGCGAUGGGGAUGUGCAUUCAAUGGUGUACCCACCCUCCGCUGCAAAAAUGGCUUCUACUCUGCCCAGUCUGUCAGAGAUAAGCAAUCCUGAAAACAUGGAAAACCUUUUGGAUAAUCUCAACCUCCUGUCAUCACCACCAUCAUUAACUGUUUCAACCCAGUCUUCACCUGGCACCAUGAUGCAGCAGACACCAUGCUACUCAUUUGCACCACCAAACACCAGUCUGAAUUCACCCAGUCCAAACUACCAAAAAUAUACCUAUGGCCAAUCCAGCAUGAGCCCUUUGCCCCAGAUGUCAUUGCAAACACUUCAGGACAAUAAAUCGAGCUAUGGAGGUUUGAAUCAGUAUAACUGUGCUCCAGGACUCUUGAAGGAGUUACUUACUUCUGACUCUCCUCCCCAUAAUGACAUUAUGGCACCAGUGGAUUCUGGGGUGGCCCAACCUAACAACCGGGUUCUGGGCCAGAAUGUGUUGAUGGGCCCUAAUUCAGUCAUGCCAAGCUAUGGCAGCCAGGCAUCUCAUAACAAAAUGAUGAAUCCCAGCUCCCAUACCCACCCUGGUCAUGCUCAGCCAACGUCUGUAGUUAAUGGGCGUGCCUUGCCCCAUGCAGUAAACACCAUGCCUCACACCUCGGCCAUGAACCGCCUAGCCCCAGUGAAGACAGCUGUACAAGUGCCUCUGCCCCAUCCCAUGCAGGUGAAUGCCCUUGGGGGCUACUCUUCGGUGAGCAGCUGCAAUGGCUAUGGCAGAAUGGGCAUUCUCCACCAGGAGAAGCUCCCAAGUGACUUGGACGGCAUGCUUAUCGAACGCUUGGACUGUGACAUGGAGUCCAUCAUUCGGAAUGACCUCAUGGAUGGAGAUACGUUGGAUUUUAAUUUUGACAAUGUGUUGCCCAACCAAAGCUUUCCACACAGUGUCAAGACGACAACACAUAGCUGGGUGUCAGGCUAAGAGUGAGUUAGUGAGCAGGCUACACUUAAAAGUACUUCAGAUUGUCUGACAGCAGGAACUGAGAGAAGUCCAAAGAUGUUCUUCAUCCCAUCUUUUCAUUUUCUUGAUU